CAGAAACUGGCUAAAAAAGUCAGAAUAAGAGAGAAUAAUUUUAUUACCCUUCUAUUUUCUUAUAUUUGUCCGAAAUAUCUUUACUAUAAGGGCUCAGAAACCAUCCAUAUCUGAGAUCAUGAUGAAGAGAAGCAAGGCCCCCUCCUCCAGGAGAGCUGAAAUCCAGCAUCUGUACCAAUGCUACGCCUCGGGCCACACGGCUUUGCCUGCCGCUGCCCUCCUAAGGUUCCUCCACAAGGAGCAGAUGGAGCUCACAGCAAAUGAAGAGACGGCAGAGAGUUUGAUAGACAGAUAUGAGAUUGAAGAGGCAGCCAAAGAAAAGAGGUCCAUGACCUUUGAAGGCUUCCUCAGGUACAUGGAGUCCAAAGACUGCUGUGUGUUCGACCAGGCCCACACCUCAGUGUACCAAGACAUGGACCAGUCACUGCCCAGUUACUUCAUCUCCUCAUCACACAACACCUACCUGACAGGAGAUCAGCUGGUGGGAAAGAGCCACCUGUUCGCCUAUGUUAGUGCUCUGAGAAAAGGCUGCCGCUGUCUGGAGAUUGACUGCUGGGAUGGUCCAGAUAUGGAGCCUGUAGUUUACCAUGGCUACACCCUCACCACCAAGAUACUUUUUAAGGAUGUCAUCACCACCGUGGAGCAACAUGCCUUUGAGGUGUCUGCUUACCCAGUGAUCCUGUCUUUGGAAAACCAUUGCAGCAAAGAGCAGCAGGAAGUCAUGGCCCAGUACCUCAUCUCUAUCUUAGGGGACAAGCUGCUGACAGCGCCGCUGGAUCAUUCGACCACUGGAGACCUCCCAAGCCCAAAUGACCUGAAGUAUAAGAUCCUCAUCAAGAAUAAAAAGCUCAAACGUGAGACUAAGACAGAGGACGCAGAGGGGGCAGAGGAGAGUGCAGAUGAGGGCGAGGAUGAGGAGGAGGAUGAGGAUGAGGAGGAUGAGGAUCAGCAAAGCAAACCAAAGUUCUGGCCUACAAGAAAGGCAGGGUCAAAGAAGAAAAAGAAGAAGGUGGUGGUGGCCGAGGCCUUGUCUGACCUGGUGAUAUACACCAGGUCUGUCAAGUUUGUCAGCUUCAGUCACUCCAAGGACAAUCAGAACUGCUAUGAGAACACGUCUAUGGCAGAGAAGAAGGCUCGCAAGUUAGCCAAAGCCUCAGGUCUGGAUUUUGUUCAGCACAACCAGAAGUUCCUCAGCAGGAUUUACCCUGCAGGCUCCAGAACUUCUUCCUCCAACUUCAACCCUCAGGAGUUCUGGAACGUCGGCUCGCAGCUUGUGGCUCUCAAUUUCCAAUCUCUGGGUUUGCCUAUGGACCUUAAUGAUGGCCGUUUCCAGGACAACGGAGGCUGUGGAUACAUCCUGAAGCCGGUAGUGCUCACGUCCAGUCAGAGGAGCUUUGAUCCCAGCUGCAGCCAGCACAGCCUCAAACCCACACACCUGCUGCUCAAGGUGAUCAGUGGGUCCAACCUCCCCGUCCCCAGGAGCGGUAAAGCAUUGGACCCGUUUGUUAGAGUGGAGACUCAUGGGAUUGCGUGUGAUUCCCACAGAAGAUGCACGUCGACUGUCAAAAACAACUCUCUGGGUCCUUACUGGGAUGCCGACAUGAACUUCAGCAUCAGUGUGCCUGAACUCUGCCUCAUCCGCUUCUGUGUCAAAGAUCAAACCGGCCUCCUCAGCAGUGAGUUUGUGGGCCAGUACACCGUGCCCUUCACCAGCCUGAAGAAAGGCUACCGCUGGGUGCCUCUCCGGUCUCGAGAUGGAUGCAGUCUGGAUCCAGCCUCUCUUUUCGUCUUUGUCUGGUAUUCCUAAAAACAGCUCUCCAUAUCAGACUCCCUCUCUCACACACACACACACCUUGCCAG